AUGGGUGUUUUUCUCCUUUUCCCAUGCCCUGUUAAAGUUGUUCAAUAUCCAAGAAAUAUUGGGACGUUGGCUCAGAAUUCCACUGUAUAUGCCAUUGACCUUCUUGGCUUUGGUGCUUCUGAUAAACCAGCAGGCUUUAACUAUAGUAUGGAAACAUGGGCUCAGUUGAUAUUGGACUUCCUGAAAGAAAUUGUUCAAAAGCCAACUGUACUAGUUGGCAACUCUGUUGGAAGUCUUGCUUGCGUAAUUGCUGCCUCAGAAUCUAGCAGAAGCCUAGUUCAAGGGCUUGUACUGCUAAAUUGUGCUGGUGGCAUGAACAAUAAGGCAAUUGUAGAUGAUUGGAGAAUCAAGCUAUUAGUACCUUUGCUUUGGCUGUUUGAUUUUCUUCUGAGCCAACGGGGAAUUGCUUCAACAAUCUUUGAGAAUGUUAGAAAGAGUUCGACGGACCUCAGGGUGUUGAGGGAUGCGUAUGGGAUCCUUGACUCAAUCAUCUUGGAGACCCAGGAGCCCCACCUUGGAGUUGUUGACUCAGAGGGAUUCACCAAGAAGGUUGCUCUGCACACCAGUGCUUUCUCGCAUGGGCUGAGACUCCCUUUUUGUCACCCCGUCUGCGACGUUCUAGAUUUUCUUGGAAUGGCCUCGACCUAG